GUCAGUUCCAUGCAAAAGCAAAUGCUGUACUUUGUAUACACAGCCCCCGGGCCUGAAGGCAGGCUCUCCACAUCCCCAACCUCCCGGACUUCAGCUCCCCGGCUUUCAGCUCCUCACGGCACAACAAAUACUUGAGUAGGAGCUUCAGGUCAUUGCUUUGUUCCCCUAGACUAGAAACAAUCGGCGUGCACGUUGCUGUGGGUUGAUUUAACGAUUCACAAAACUUGACAACUGCACGAUCAAGUGACUAGAGCUGAGGCUUGGUGUAGCACCUUCAACUGCAUAUGUCCAAUGGACAGUUUUCAACAAGAACUUUCGCUUGUCCACAUCCGCAGACACCAAGAUGCCAUCAACCAAGACGACCACCUUCGGCAUCUCGGACAGCCCAACCAAGAAGCCCACAAACGGACAUUUCACCAAGGGACAAUGGCUUUGUAACUGCAAGCCCCGCCUCCCUGCAGUCCAAUUCCAGGUGAAGCGCGAGAGCCGCAACAAGGGCCGCUGGUUCUACACGUGCCAGGUCGACCGGACCAAGGGCAAGACGGGCGAGCCCGCGCGCUGCGACUUCUUCCUGUGGGCCGACGACGCCAGGCUACGCGAGGAGGGCGCCGUGCUGAUCAAUUCCACGACCGAGCCUGGCGGCAGCAGCCAGGAUGACGGGAAGAAGACGUCUUUGAGGACGCCGCGGAAACUGGUACAGACCACGCUCAGCGCGAGGGUCGAGCCUAGGGAGGAGGGCAAGCGGCACUGGUCGCACCGCACGGAGAUCACGCCGAUCGACGAGCUGGAGCGCGCCGUGGGCGGGAGCCAGAACGAGCACGCGCAGGGUGCGGCGCUGGGGGGUGGCAGCGGUACGGCGCAGAACGUUUCCACCAUCCAGGCGACACACAGUACGAGCGAUACCAAGACUGUCGACCACGACUACGGCACAAGCGAUAUGGACACAAGCGACGAGGACGAGCUGGGUCGUAUCGCCGAGUCGGCAAGCAAGCCGACGCCUCAUCCCACGAGAACGAUCCGUGAGGAGCAAUUCCAGACUCCCUCUGCGGCCGCAAAGCGCAAACGGGACGUGGUUGACCUGGAGGAUGAUGAUCUGUUCGGCGAUAUGAGCUCAGACGAGGAGAGGCAACUGGUUGCUGUCACAGAUUCUACGAGCCAGCUUAGCCGGAGCCGCGACGCCUUCACGACUCCAGCAGCACGAAGAGUAGCCGACGUCGCAGGUGGCAUGCCGACGCCGUCUCUAACAGACAAGUCCGUCCGACGAGUGCUGUUUGCUGAGCCCGAAGCUGGCGGGUCCAGUAACAGCAACAAGCGACAGCGCAACGACCACGCCGGUGGAUACACACCAGUCGGCGGGCCUACGACCCCUUCGUCCUCACAGCAAGCGGCUGGCCCUUCCUCUUCACCGGCUACACCCGGGUCCGGCGCCGGAAUUGCAGGUAUCACGGAGGAAGUAAUGGCUCUUCUCGAGGGCCAGAAGAUCGACGAGCAGGCCUUAAAGCAGGUGAGGAGCACAUUGAGCAAGUUUGCAGCCAAAGCAAGGGGGCUGGAGAUGGGCCGCGACGCCAGCCGGCAGGCGCUCAAGAAACAGGAUGGCAAGAUCGCGCAGUUGCAAUCGCGGAUCACUGAUCUCGAGAACAGGCAGAAGUUGGAUAGAGAGGUGAGGAAGAAGAUGAAGAGCGGCUUGAUGCAUCUAUACACUGAGACUUAAGCUGGUCCCUGAAAUCAUAUUCGGGGGCACAGGCUGGGCUGAGGCCUGGAGCCGAGCACAUGGCUAAAGGGCAGGCGCUGCUCGAUGGUGAUUGCCACUCGAGUUGUGUGGCAAACUCAAGAUGAAAAGGUUUUGAUUUGGGGCGCUGUUACUGAUGAUAUGAUGACACAUGAUGAUACCCGGGUUGUUUUGGUUUGGUCCUUGUUUCAUUCGUCUACUUUGAGAGGCUGGUCAAUCAAGUUUGUUUAUGGCGCAAUUAUUCCCAGUAGACUAGAUGAUGCUGAACGUGAAAACGCUUCAUAAUCUCAACGGGGAAUUGGGGGCCAACUGUAUUGUACUUCUAUGGAGUGACUUCCACAGAUUUAAUCCAGCAAAUUUCAU